AUGCGUGGCUUCCGAAUCAAGUACGAUCGAUGGCUACAGCACUCGCCGCUGCUGACCAAAGGUGUCACGUCGGCCAUUCUCUUUGGCGUGGGCGACCGCCUUGCGCAACAGAUGGAGGAUGCCAAACCGUCCGAGGGCGAGAGCCACGACGCCGAGACCGAUGACGACUCUUUCGGACUGAAACGCACGGCACGGAUGAUGGUCUGGGGCGGCCUCUUCUUUGCUCCGUUCAACCACGCAUGGUACAACCUGCUCGAGAAAGUUGUCCGGGGCAACACUGCGACUGCAAUCGUCAAGAAAAUCGCCGCUGACCAACUGAUUGUCACCCCACCAGUCACGCUGUCGUUCUUCACGUAUGCUGGUUUAUCGGACGGCAAGUCCUUGCACGACACAAUGGAGCACGCAUCAGCCAAGCUCCGACCGACGCUUGCUGCAAACUGGGCCGUGUGGCCGCUCGUCCACGUCGGCACGUUUGGGUUCGUGCCCUUGCACUACCGAGUGUUGUUCAUCAAUGUGGUGAACAUCGGGUGGUCAGCUUUUCUGUCGCGCAUGGCAAGCUAA